GAAUUUACUCUGCUGGAAUUCGUUCGUAGCUUCACGAGGACUACAUUUUUCCCGUGUGUGAGCUAGAGCGAGAAGACUAUAUGUUGCAAUGUCAUCUGAUUCAUCGUUUGUUCACCACCUCGUCAAAGAAAUGUCAACAAAGCUAAUGAAUGAGAGAAACUUGAAAUUUGCAAAAACUUGAACUAAAAAUUCUUACAUUUCAAGGAGGAAAAUCAGUUAUUUGUGUUUAAACAAUGGAAACCUGGUUAAAAACAGGUUCGCUGAAAACGAAUGCCACUCAGGAGGAGGAACCGAAUGACCGGGAAAAGGCUGAGCCCGACCCAUCUAUGUCCGUUGUCGGUAGAAGCAAAAACAGAAAAUAUGAUCCAGAUUACUUAAAAUACGGAUUUACAUGUGCGGAGAACGAUGAUUGUCCAAAAACCGUGUGUAUUGUCUGCAGGGAGACUUUGGCCAACAGCUGCUUGAAGCCGUCGUUAUUACACCGUCACUUGUCAACAAAGCAUCCAACUUAUGCUGACAAGAAACUUGCAUUCUUCUAGCGGCUGUUGAAGCAAAAAGAACUUCCGAAGCUUUUCUCAGCAUCAGGAUUGGAAAACAUGAAUGCACUUGAAGCUUCUUUUCGGAUUAGUUAUCACGUGGCAAAGUCUGGAAAAGCUCACACCAUCGCUGAGAAUUUAAUUGCUUCAUGUUUACAGGAUGCCGUGAAGUGCAUACUGGGAGAAGGUCCUGCUCUUAAAGUAAGUCGCAUUCCUUUAUCAAACAGUACAGUUUCUAGGAGAAUUGAAGAUAUGUCCGUUAAUAUUGAAGAUACGGUUGUUGCCCGUGUAAAGAAUAGCAAAUAUUUUGCAAUUCAAGUUGAUGAAAGUACCGAUGUUUCUGAUUUUGCUGUUCUUUUAGUCAUUGUACGGUAUAUAAAUGUAUCAAUGGUGGGAGAAAAUCUUCUUCUUUGUCAUGCAUUGACGAAAAGGACUAGAGGUGAGGAUAUUUUCAACGCAAUCAAUGUGUAUUUUGAAGAAAAGCAAAUUGAUUGGAAAAACUGCUGUGGGCUCUGCACGGACGGUGCUAAAUCGAUGUCCGGAUGUUACUCAGGACUGCGUGCGAGGGUUUUGGAAGUAGCUCCUAAUGCAGUUUGGACACAUUGCUGCAUUCAUCGGCAGAACUUAGCAUCUAGCCGUCCACCCAUAUAUUUGAAAUCUGUACUCGAUGAAUCCGUUAAAAUCGUUAACUUCAUUAAACCAAAAGCCACAAAGUCUCGGCUAUUCACGGUGCUGUGUGAAGAAAUGGGUUGUAACCACACUACUCUCCUUCUGCACACUGAGGUUAGAUGGCUGUCACGCGGAAAAGUGAUAAGCAGACUUUUUGAGCUUCGACGAGAGGUUGAUACUCUUUUCAAUGAUCAUCCAUUUUACUUGCAAACAAAAAUUAAGGAUUGCGAUUGGGUUCAGACUUUAGCCUAUCUCUCAGACAUUUUCUCCAAUAUCAACACGCUUAAUAUUUCUCUUCAACACCACUGUCACAAUUUUCGGUGUUCAUGAUCGCAUCGAGGCUAUGAUAAAAAAAAAUUGAGUUUUGGAAACAGUGUGUACAAAAGAACCAAACUGAGAUUUUUGAAAAUUUACAUGACUUUUUGGUAGAUGCUAGGAUUAAACUUUUGGUAAGCAUUAAGAAAGAAAUUAUUAGGCAUCUCGAGGAACUGAAAUCGUCGUUUCGACAGUAUUUUCCGAAGCCUAGCAAUGAAAAUAACUGGAUUGCUGAUCCUUUUGCCUCUGAAAACUUGGAUACUGCCCGAUUUAGUUGUAAGGAAAAGGAGCGGUUAAUCGAACUGUCGUGCAAUAGUACACUGAAGCAAGAUUUCAAGGAAAAGUCGUUGGUUACAUUUUGGAUCGACAACGGAAACGAGUUUGCGGAUCUGUCCGAAAAAGCAAUUAAAUACCUUUUGCAUUUCACUAGUACUGAGCUGGUAGAAAAAUCAUUUUCUUCAUACACUUAUAUCAAAAAUAAGUAUCGAAAUAAGCUCAGUGCUACACAUGAUUUGCGAAUUUAUCUCAAUUUUUUUGAGCCCGAUUUCCAAAAACUAAUUUCACAAAAACAAGCACAAGGAUCCCACUAAGACUGAGAAAAAUGAAACAUGGUUCAUCAAUAAACAUAUUAAAUAAAAUUAUAAUUAAUUAAAAAAGUUUGGAAACAAAUUUUUUGUUGUUUUAUUGGAGAGUUCUACUAACCACAU